AUGCUGGCCAGAGUAGCGGCCAAACUGCCAUGGCUGUUCUUUGUGGAAGUGCCAGGCUUCCAUAAUGCACAUGCUCCAGCUUCUGCCAGAGUUCUUGCUCCAGCUUCUGCGCCUGCUCCAGCUUCUGCCAGAGCUCCUACUCCAGCUUCUACACCUGCUCCAGCUUCUGCCAGAGCUCCUGCUCCAGCUUCUGCCAGAGCUCCUACUCAUGCUCCUGCUCCUGUUCCAGCUUCCUCCAGAGCUCCUGCGCCUGCUGCUCCAGCUACUGCCAGAGCUCUUGCGCCUGCUCCAGCUUCUGCCAGAGCUCCUGCUCUAGUGCCUGCUCCAGCUUCUGCCAGAGCUCCUGCUCUAGCUCUAGCGCCUGCUCCAGCUUCUGCCAGAGCUCCUGCUUUAGCUCUAGUGCCUGCUCCAGCUUCUGCCAGAGCUCCUGCUCCUGCACCAGCUCCUAUUCCGGAAGCACAACAGCCUGGCUAUACAGCGAUGUGGUCAGAGGAAAACCAUCUACAAGAACAACAACACCAACGUCAAACCCCAAGGAACAGCAGGAAUCAAAACAACGAGAACUACAAGAGGGGAAAAAAGAACCACAAAAGCGACAUCGGCACCCAGAAGAGCACCAGCUACCACAACACCGACGAGGACAACAAGGAACCACAACAACGACAUGGACAUUUGGAACCACAGCACCGACAACGGCCCCAAAAGGAGCACCUGGAACCACAACGACGAGGACUACAAGAGGGGGAAAAGGAACCACAGCACUAG